UUGAGCCGGUAUGUGCUGUCAAAAUGUACAGGAAAGACUUAUCAUCUCAUUGUAGGAGAACCAGUUGGAUAUUCAGCCAGGGAAGCGAUAUAUGACGUCAGAAAUGAGCAGUUGGACUAUUAUUCGUAUUUGUAAUCAACCGGCUUUCCCCCCUUCAGCCGACCAUAGAUCGCCUGAGCCUUCAUAGAUCAACUAAUCCUCGCGUUUAUUGUUGGGAGUAGCUUGGUUAGUGGUUUGCGGAAGCGGGUAAUAUUAGAUAGAAAUGCGGAUAAUAAAAAUAUGCGCAAAAUUUAAAUAGGUAGCCCACAUUAGUCUAGAUAUCACAUCUGGAUCAUUUUUCAUCUUUUUUGUUGUACUUUUUAUCGCUACUUUACAAAUAUACCGCUUGGUGUAGCCUCCGCUCAGUCAUGAGGGGGUCUGCCAAGUCCUCGUCCCCAGCAAUGAGGGGGCUCCUGGGGCCAUGCGUGUACCCGGCCGUGCCCGACGGGGGCUGGGGCUGGGCGGUGGCCCUGGCCUUCUUCCUGGUGGAGGUGUUCACCUACGGCACUAUCAAGAGCCUGGGGGUGUUCCUCCAGGACCUGAUGGAGGAGUUUCAGGAGAGCAACAGCCGAGUGUCCUGGGUCAUCUCCAUCUGUGUGUUUGUCCUGACCUUCACAGCGCCUCUGUCCACGGUUCUGAGUAACCGGUUUGGCUACCGUCCCGUGGUCAUGGCCGGCGGCUUUCUGAUUAGCUUGGGGACCAUCUCGUCUGCUUACACCUCCUCCAUCAACGAGAUGUACGUCACUAUCGGCCUCGUAUCAGGCCUCGGCUACUGCCUCACCUUCCUCCCCACCGUCACCCUCCUCGCCCAGUAUUUCUCCCGGCGGCGGUCGUUAGUCACCGCUGUGGCCUCCUCGGGCGAAUCCUUCGCCAUGUUUGCCUUUGCUCCAGCCUUCACUUACCUGAAAGAAAAGAUCGGCUGGCGUCACUGCCUCAUCGUGAUCGGGGUCCUGCAGGCCUCUGUGAUUGGCUGCGGCGUCCUGCUCCGACCAAUCGUCAUCAAGCCGGAGGGCGAUGAGGCGGAGGGCUCGCAGGCCGCGUACGAGCUGGAGCACGAGGAGACCCACGCCUCCAUCAGCUCCGGGGUCUCUGGCCGCUCCGGGGACUCUGGGGUCACCUCUCUCUCCACCACGACCUCUGACCUCCGGACAGUGGCCAUCGCAGAAGAGACGGCAGCCUUGAUGGAGCCGAAGGGCAAAGCCCGAGAGGACCAGGACCGGGGCUCAUCGCUCGGCCCUCCUACCCAGGCUGAGGGGCCCGAAGCUGGGGUAAAAGAGCAGGCAAGCCCCCCGGAGUCCCGGACAACCCCCAAACUGCUGGACUUCUCCGUGCUGAAGGACGGCGCCUUCAUCUGCUACUCCCUCUUCGGCCUGUUCGCCACGCUGGGCUUCUUCGCCCCGCCCCUCUACAUCAUCGAGCUGAGCAAGAGCCGGGGCGUGGACCCCGACAUGGCGGCGUACAUGCUGUCCAUCAUGGCGGUGGCCGAGGUGUGCGGCCGCCUGUCCAUCGGGGUGGUGCUGGACAAGGCGCCCGUGAGGAAGACCAAGGUGCUGCUGGGAUGUGUAGUCCUGCUGGGCCUGGUGCUGGUGGCCUUCACCCUGGUGUGGGAGUUCUGGGGGCUGGCGCUGUGCUGUGGCCUCUACGGCUUCUUCAUGGGCACCGUGGGCUCCACGCACAUCCCCAUGCUGGCGGAGGAGGACGUGGUGGGGAUCCAGAAGAUGCCCUCCUCGGUGGGGGUGUACGUGUUCAUCCAGAGCUUCGCGGGGCUGGCCGGUCCGCCACUGGGAGGCAUGUUGGUGGACGUAACUCAGAACUACGGCGCGGCGUUCUACUCGUGUGCGGCGGGCAUGGCCCUGGGAGCCCUCUUCCUGGCGCUGGUGGGGCCCGCUCACUCCGGCAUGUGCCGCCAGAGGAAGCGUCAGGGAGGGGGAAAGGGAUGUGACCCGGAGGAGGAGGCUUCCCAGGACAGUGGUUCGGCAGACUUCCUGGAAGUCGACCUCGCUGUGGAGGAGAGUCCGGCCAAGACGUCUCAGCCCAGACAGGGACCCACAGGCAACCGGCAGGAAGUUUAGAAAUCCGAAACGAGAAGAAAUAAAAGCUGAAAUGUACUCUAUAAACACACCUGCACACCAUCACACCCAAAGAAGCUGAUCUCAGCCUGCUGGUUUUUCUCAACCUGGCUCUCUGUGUAGACCCCAGAGUCAAUGAUGCUCCCUGCAUGGUUUGGUAUGGGCUUGGUAUAAUCCUCUCAGUAUUGCACUGUUCUCACCCCAUCGCUGACACCAAAUCUGUUUUUUUAACAGGCCAAAUCCUUUCUUAAUCUCAGGUAAGGGAAUGAGAGGUCUAAUGUUUGUGGAGGUCUGAAUGUAUCUAAUUAUCGGUUGGGAUGACUACUUGAUUUUUGGGGUUGUUUUAACUGUGAAGAAGGAUCAAACUGUUUAGGUAAUCUGUUUGGGACCCCUGCAUGUGCAGAACAAGUUUACAUACAUACAAGCCUGAGUGGCUUUUCCAACUGGAAUCAAUCUUCACCAAAUUCACACGCAUCACUGAACUUGAAUAUUCAGAUUUUCUUGAUAUUAAUAAAAGCAUGUACUGUAUGACUCCAAGUUGGCAGAUGAGCUUUACUUUUUACUAACUCCACUGUCUCUGUCCUGUACUGUACACAAGGGCAUUCUCAAUCGGCUUUUACACUUGAGUUGCAAUGAUCAGUAUUAUUAAAAUCACAAAUACAACAGCGUACUCAAUAGCAUGUUAUUCUCAGCAGACAGAACUUUGCUGGACGAGGCUUAAAAAUUAUGUGAGAAUAAACUUGAAGAGCUUAAUAACAACCUGGGCUUUGAAUCCAUGUAACUUGAUGAAGUCAAUCAAUCUGUAAAGGAUAAAUUCUUUGUUUUGUUAAAGGUAAAAGAGAAUGAGUACAGAAACAGAAUCUGGCUGGUUCUAGUGUUCAUUCCCAGACGUCAGCCUAAAAACCAGCCAGCCUCUUCUCACUCUCAACACUGAUGCUUAACCCUUGUUAUUUAUAGAUAAAUGUUAUUUAGCUAUUUUAAUUUAGGUUAAUCUGUUUUAAUCAAUGUCUCACUAUGGUCAAUGUCAAACUAUUUUAUGAAUUGUUUUUCAUUCGAAGAUAUGCAAAUGCUGUAAAGCUCACUGCUAUUUUUUUUUAAUUGUUCAUUAAAAACACAGUUUAUGAGA